AACUGGAAUCCACACCCUCUAUCUGCAGACUGCUUAUCAUGUUGAGACACCUCCUUGUCUUUGUUUCUUCCAGCUGGCAGACACUAGCUUCUCCAGAUAUUGAACAUAAGUUGAACGAACAUUCAUCAAUCCAAGACGGAUAUUCUGGGAGCAGUCGAGAGGAUUUUCACAAGUUCACAACCUAAAUGUCCUACUGAAACAGUCUGGACCCAUGGAGUCUCCCGAGUUUUCCCUGCUGUCAUCUUUGCGGGGGGAGUCUAAAUCAGAGGAUUAUAUCCAACCCCACUAUAAGGAGUCAUAUCGCCUGGCGAUUGAUCGCCUGGUGAGUGGUGGCAGAGAUAGUUACCAGGAGUUCCUCAAGGAAGAACGUAUUGGGAACUUCCUCUCAGAGGAAGAACUUCUCUUCAUCACUGAAAACGCAGUACAGCUCCCACCUCAAAACCACACAGAGGAAAUAAAUGGUCCACUGGACAACCAGUCAUCCUCAGGGACGUACUGGCCCAUUCACUCGGAUGUGGACACGCCUGAUUUGGACUUAGGGUGGCCGGAGCUCAUGCAUGAAAGACUACAGACAAAUAUAGAUCUGCUCUUUCAUCCACCAAGACAAAACAACCCCACUGUCAAAGAGGUGAUCCGGAAGCAAAUUCAGGAAGCAAGGCAGGUCAUUGCCAUUGUGAUGGACAUGUUCACUGAUGUCGAUAUAUUCAAAGAAACUGUUGAUGCAUCUAUACGAGGAGUUCCGGUCUACGUGCUUUUGGAUGAUUUCCAUUUGAAAAGUUUCCUCACAAUGGCUGAAAAUCAAGAUGUAAAAAUUCAACAACUCAGAAACAUGAGGGUGCGCACUGUGAAAGGUCAGGGUUAUCUCUGUCGAUCAGGAGCUAAAUUUCAUGGGGCAAUGGAGCAGAAGUUUCUUUUAGUCGACUGCCACACAGCGAUUUAUGGCUCAUACAGCUUCACUUGGUCAUUUGAGAAGAUCAAUCUGAGCAUGGUGCAGGUCAUCACAGGCCAUCUGGUGAAGUCCUACGAUGAGGAGUUUCGAACACUCUAUGCCCGGUCAAGUGUGCCAGCUGAACUUUGCCCUCCAGAGGGUUUGUUCCCACGCAAUGGACAGAUUUUGCCAAAAUCUCAUUCUGCACAAAAAAUUGAGCGGAGGGACCAGUUGAGGCAUACGCUGAACACAGUCUAUAGGAAGACCUGUGAGAGGAAACUAGGCACAAGAGACCUCGAAGAGAGGCUCUUUGAAGAGGAACCUAACAAGCUGGGACCCUUGUUUGACAAUGGGAUUGGUGCUCAGAACCAGAUGCCCCAGUUUCAGUCCGCAGAGACGAUGAACUUCUUGAAAAGGCAUAGCUAUGCUGGGGAAGAUGGAUGUAUGCCACAGAACAUCAGGCCCAGAGCGAGCAACUGGAAUAUAUCUAGAGAAACAGGAAAUGGAACAACCAACUACCCCACGGACAAUUAUUUACAAGUGACACAGAUACACAGAGGUCAAAACAUGCGUCAGUCUUACAAUGGCAACGACAAACAGGUUCUGUCCAUGCAGCAGAACAUGCCAACCCUGGAGAAUACAUCCAAGUCGUUCAUGCGCACACUGAGGAUUGAGUCUUACCUCAAAAACCCUGACGUCCCAUUCGGAGACUCUAAUGACUAUUUAGACCAGUAUGAACCACUCGACAAAGCUAGCUCCUUCAUGCAGGGGAGAAUGAGGUCUUCCCUUGUUUUCAGGUCCACCAUACCAGAGCAAAUGGAGCCAAACAGACACAUACAGCACUCCUCCUCUGGUGUUAGCUCCUCACUAGCACCAAACACUCCUUUGCACUACUCAUCCAUGCAGUGGAAUCCAACAGCAGCAGCUGAUACUAGAAUGAAUAAUGAAGAGUUCAUGUUAAAGAGGCAAAGUAUGCAGAUUUUGGAUGACAAUCGGAAUAACACAAGCUAUGGUCCAGGUAGAAACUCUUACCACUCUGUAUAUGCUAGUCUAGGCAGAGCUAAAGGUGGACACAUGAUCACAAACCCUGACAACCUGACAGACAGUUGGCACAAAAGGCACAGCGUGGCAGAUCCAAGAUCAAACACUGAGUACACACAUGAAUCCUCAGGUCACAUGUAUGGAGCUUUUGCAAAGAUGCAAGUAAACAGAAGCACAGCAGGGAUCAAUGCACAGAUUGGAGGAUAUGGGUCAAAUCUGAACGAAGAUCAGAGAUCUGUCUCUCAUUAUGAUGUCAAGAGUAUCACAGGCACAAAGAGCCCUAGUUCUACCAACUGGCAGGAGCUGCCAUCCAGGACUGUGUCUGCAGCAGCCCUGGAUGUGAAUAGAAAGGAUUUGACGGAUAAAUCCAACAGUAUGGGCUCUCAGCAUUUUCUACAGAAGAGUUCCAAGAAAUUAAAAUCCUUAUUGAACAUACCAGAGAAAAAAGAGGAUUUAAUCGUAACCAUGGGAACACCGAGUCUGAAGUCCAGUGGCAGUACAGACACCAUAACAGCUGAGGAUGAGGAAGGGAUAUCAGAUGGACGAGGAAAACUUCAUCAAAGCACAACCAAAUCUGUCAGGUCCUCCUCAGAGCAGCAGAGGAACCGGCUAGAGGACGACCAUCUGAAAUCUUCAAAACCUCGAUUCAGAACUGAGGAGCCGAAAACUACUGCGCAGAAGAAACCCAGCGUUCUUGACAAAAGUGUGAGACCCGGACUUGUCACAGGAAGCUGGGGCAAAGAUCGAGGUGCCGAGACUCGCCUGUACAGCAGAUUUGAGCCUUUCUGCUCCUUUGAAAAGAAACCCUCCAUGCGCUCUGCACACAGCUUUCGAACCACACACUCUCAGGAGAAACCCAAACCCCUUCCUAAAGGUGAAGCAGCUAUUGAACACAACCUCACCCGGGCUGCACGAGGGCACCAUGAAAACAAGCUGGAGAAAUUCAUUCACAGAAUGGGAAAUCUCAUACACAAGAACAAGUAGCGACAACUGCGUUAGCAUAACACAUAUCUCCACAGGGCACUUAUUACUAAUGCACAUUUGACCGCAAAUGUUUAUAUUUGUUGGUCUUAAUUUCUGUGUUUACUUUUGGAAAAUGUUUUGAGCAAACACUGUUUACAUUUUGUUCUGCUUAUUUUUUUUCUGUACAGAUGCACUGAUGAGUACCAUUGAAAGGAGAAUAUAUUUUAUAUGAAUACAUGCUGCAGGCCUUUGUACAACAGAACCUUAAAAUACCACCUCAAGCUGUCUUCACGUCUGGCGUCAACCAGCGAAGCGAUAAAUUCAAACGCUGUCAAUAAAUGUUGUGGAUGCAUUAAGUAGCAGUAGUGUCAAAGUGUCAGAGAAGUACAAAUUAUUGCUGCUCGUGUAAGUGUGUGCACAUACCACGGUGCUGCUGUUACUAUACUCAAAGGAUUAUUCUGCCUGAAUGUUGUCAGCAAGUCAAGGGAAAGGCAUUGCGAGUUAACCACCACUCCACAUGAUGAAAAACUUUCAUUUAUGUGUCUGACAGAGGUUUUAUGAAUGCUAUGGGGGUUGCAAUAAUUUUGCAAAAUAAUUUUGUACCACUUUUCAUUGAGAGCACGUCUUUUAUUAAAUCUUUUCUAUAAAUUGUGCCACUGCAUUUGAAAACAUACAGUAGUAACUUUCCUCUGCGAAAGACAUCCAUCCAAGGGUUAAUUUCUUAGGGUUCAUUCUAUGAACAGUGUGCCUGAAGGCAAAAUUCAAUGUACAAUAUAAGCAUAAUGAAAAACACAGUACACCUGCCCUCACUGGCCACUCAGGAAUGAUUCAAGCAUUUCAUCUUUUGCUCAAUGUGACGGAACUUGUGGGUAAACAGAGAGAAACAUGGCCUCCAGUGUAAAACAUUUGCACAUAAGCUAGAAGAAUCCAUCUCUUUCAUUCAUAUCUUGUAAAUAUUAAUUUUUUACAGUUAGGUACUUUGUAUUACAACUGAGUAGUCAGAGGUUUUUUAAACUGUAAUUUUAUUGUUGCUUGCCAGGCACAUUGGCUCUGUGUUUUGCCUCAAUGAUACUUGUGGGAAUGUAAUGAAUAUUUUUAAACACAGAAGAUCCAGUUUUAGUACGCACUCUCUUGGUUAUGCUUAUAAAACGGUGAUGAAAAUGAUGAUUCUUUCUGUCUGGCAUCUACUGAUGAACCAUGUAAAUGAUGCUUAUUUUCCUAGUAGAGUUCAGCCUAAAUGUUUUGUCAAAUGAGCCAAGCUUCUCAUCUCAUCUUAACCCAUACAGCUAUAAGACCAAUCAGUUUUACUGGAGUAUCUGUCUAUAAUGUGUUGAUUGUUGAAAAGAGAACACAAUAGAAAAUGACCUGCCCACGGGAAUCAGCGCUCCCAUAAGCUUUAAUUUGCAACAUUUUGAUCCAAAACUAACCCCAAAAAAAAAAAAACAAAAACAAAAACAACCAGCCACGGUGAGAGGAUGUAGCUUAAACAAUUUAAAUGAAGACUACAGGCAAAACACAUAGGUGUCAACAUGAACUGUCAAAACACAAUAUAUUUAUGGGAAACAUUUAAUGGCCCUACUCACUUUUACAUAAUUGAGCCAAGAUGGAAAAACAUGGCUAAAGACUAGAAUGGAAAAAGUACUUUCAUAUGAUUUAUUCAUUUUAGAAUUAGUGUCACAUCAAGUGUCUAAAGAAAAUGAAAAAACAAACAAACAAAAAAAACUAAAUAUAACCAUUGUUUGACAGUUUCAGACUAUUAUUAGGUAUGAAUCCUGAAAUCUUUGCUGUGUCCAGGUUUCCUGCUUUAGAAUUUACAAACAGAAACCAAAAGAACUAAAGUAUACUUUGAAAUGCAAUUAAAUGUUCAAAACUUGCCAUCUGUGAGACUUUGGUCACCCUAAGCAUGAACUUCAUACUUAAAUGGCUCUGAAAAUUACAAUGAUUAAAGUGUAUUAGUUUCCUAGUAAUUAGUUUCUCUUUGUAAGUACAGGUAUGUGGUUAAAUACAUCUGUUCAGUAUCCAUUAAAGCAAAAAACAAAAUACACACACACACACACCACAAAAGUAAUGAGUAAAAGCAACAAAUAUCAACCUUUUACUGAUGUGAAAUUAAGCACAAAAUAAAGCUACAUAAAUAAUUUAACAAAUCUUAACUUUUGUCAUCCACUAUUUUACUCCAUCUCUAUUAAAUUUUUAUCAUAAGACUUAUCAAAAAAGAAAAAGAAAUAUAAGUCAGUAUACCUUGUAUUUCUAGACCUUUUUCUUAUUUUCUCAAGAUAAAUGGCCAAACUCCUGUGCCUGAAACUCAGUCCAGCUGUAAUGAACUUCUGUAAUGAAUCCAUAUUAUCCUAAUUUAUGGGCAUAGCAUAUGUAUGCAUUUUGUACAGAACAGUUUAUUCUUCAUCUAUAUUUAAAUACUAGAUCUGAUUUGUGAAUGCAUGCAUGCCUUGGGCUUCCCACCUGACUUCCCUGCAAAAAGCACAGAAUAUCUGAAUCUAUUUUUAGAUAAACAAUCUUCUUUCAGUAACUAAACUUCCCCAUCAAUUUGUCCUGAACGCAACAUUAGCCCUAAUCUUAAACAGCCUGGGAAGGCUGACCAUAACCCUAAACCACAUAUAUCAGCAUUAUGUAAAACAUAUUUGAUGAUGAGACACUAUUAACAUAAAACUGUCACAUCAUAACACAUUUAUUGUGAAGCACAGACAGGAAUUGUUGAACAACAUCAGCUUACCACAGCUAAUGAACAGGUUCCCCCACUGUAACAAUGCUGAUUGAGUGACAGAAUUACUGGAGGCAAAUAGCAAUAAAUAAGGCAAAAAUUUUCAGGUGCAGCAGGCUUCUGCAUCUGACUAUAGCUGAAGCACUCACCCCCAAGACUCCGAUGCCACACAAACUUGUUUACACACAGUGUGACUGUUGGCCACUGUCAUUGCCCCCAUUGUUGAGAAAAAAAAAAAUACAUACACCUCAUUCAAAUAUUUUCAAGAUACAAAAUAUUGAAAUGAUUUAAAAAAAACAAACAAAAACAGACACUAGAUUUUCAGAGUGUCCCAGGGAAGAAGGCUGUUACUCUUAAGGUCAAAUCGUUUUGUCCUUCUGAGAUCUGCCACAACGUUUUUAAAAAGCCAGUGUCACCAGUGGAGACUGACUGUUCAAUAAUGACUUUUGCUCGUUUUCCAAAUGUGUGUGUUGAUGACACAUCACCAACCAGAACAGUCGUCUGAGUCUGUGAAUGGUUCUAUGGAUAGUCCAUACAUGAUUGAUCUCAUGUCUAGUCA